AUGUCCGGAUUCACGCUCGACGGAAAGCCCGUCGACGACAAACUUCCUGAGGGAUGGGGACAGCGCCAGUCUCGCGUCGGCCGUGUUGGUGACUGGUCCAGGGAUCAGAAUCCAAACGAGCCGCGUGAGCGACCGGGCCUCGUCGAGAAUAUUCUGAGCCAAGCGGCGCGCUAUGGGCCGCCAUCUACAGCCGCCUCGCCCGUUCCCUGGGGCUCCGGGAACACCUUAGGCUCCGACGAGACUCCAUCGCAGGCGGUGCCAGAUGAGACGGGGGGCGAGGAGGUGCAGCGCCGCACGCUGACCUUUUGGCGCAACGGCUUCUCGAUUGAGAAUGGACCCCUGCACCCCUACGAUGUUCCAGAGAGCAAGGCUCUGCUCGAGGCGAUCCAGGCUGGCCGCGCGCCGACGUCCCUCUUCGGCGUCCGGUUCGGUCAGCCGCUCGAGGUUGUCGUGAACGAGCGCAGGGGCGAGGACUUUGCUCCGCCCAAGCGCGUGACGACCCCGUUCGAGGGAGGUGGUCACCGCCUGGGAAAUGUCGUUCCGGACAUUGCGGGGACGCCCGCGGGCGACCACAACAUCGCCGUCAAGCAGGAGCAGGACCGGGAGAAGAAGAUCGCGGACGCCAAGCCCGAGGUUGACGAGAGCAAGCCGACAACGAACGUUCAGCUCCGCCUCGCCGACGGAAGCAGGAAGGUGGUCAAGAUCAACCUGGACUCCACUGUCCAGCAGUUGCGUCAGGUCGCCGAGCCUGCCGCGAACGGCCGUCCCUUCGUCCUCCAAACUACGUUCCCUCCGCGCGAGCUCAAGGACGACGAGACCAUCGAGGGCGCCAAGCUCGCCAACUCGGUGGUCGUGCAGCGUCUCACCUGA